UACCUUUCCGUGAUUCAGUCCAGCGGAAAGCUCACCGAAGCAGGGGAAAGUGACAGACGACCAGCGAUGGCUGACACUGUAGGAGAAGAACCUGUGGCUGUGGCUCCAAUUGUGGAAAAUGUUACCGAGCUAGCAAAUAAUGGAACGGUCAAAAGUGCCGCGACGCCCGAAGGCAUUGCUCUUGCCUAUGGAAGUCUGGUGAUCAUGGCCCUUAUACCCAUAUUUUGUGGGGCAUUCAGAUCUGUGAAACAUCAACAACAACAGAAGGCAUCUGGUGAAAAGGUGGACACAAUGACUUCAAAAGAUGCAGCUAUGUUCCCUGUCAUAGCAUCGUGUGCUCUUUUUAGUCUAUACAUUGUUUUUACGGUAAGUACUUGCGCUAUUGCCUAAUUUUGUUUUUUAUCUUUCAUUGGU